ACUUUUUCGCUACCUAGGUAUUCUCUUAUUCCUCAUAGUCAAUCAACUCCCCCCAAAAAAAGAAAAAGAAAAGGGCUGCCAAACGACACCCGCACUUGCCAAUCCAACAUUGGAGUCUCAGCGAGUCAACAUGAGUUUCCCUAGUUUCCUAUACAGUCAGCUGUUCAAGCACCUGCCAUACCCAACUGGCGAUUAUUCCGGCCAAACCAUCGUCAUCACAGGCAGCAAUGUAGGGCUGGGCAAAGAAGCAGCGCGCCACUUCGCUCGCAUGGGCGCCGCCAAGCUCAUUCUCGCCGUGCGCAAUCUCCAACGAGGACAGGAGGCCAAGGAGGACAUUUUGAGCACGACGGGCCGCACAAAGGACGUCAUCGACAUCUGGGAGGUGGACAUGGCCAGCUACGUGAGCGUGGAAAAGUUCGCGGCGCGCGUCAACAGCGAACUGGACCGCGUCGACAUCUUCCUUGCCAAUGCUGGUAUCGCCCCGGGGAAAUACACGCUGGCCGAGGGCAACGAAGCAAGCAUUACCGUCAACUUUAUCUCGACCAUGCUCCUUACCGCCCUCGUGGUGCCCAAGCUCAAGGCCACGGCCAAAGCUUACAAGGUCAGGCCCACGCUCACCAUUGUGUCGUCCGAUGUCCACGCCCACACCACAUUCCCGCAGAAGUCGGCGCCCGAGGGGAAGAUCCUGGAGGCCGUCAGCGACAAGGAGGCCUGCGAGAAGAAUUGGGAUGAGCAGUAUCCCGUCUCCAAGAUCCUUGGCGUCUUCGCCGUACGAGCCCUGGCCAAUAGAUAUCCCGCCUCCACCUUUCCCGUCACCAUCAACCUGGUCAAUCCGGGGUUGUGCCACUCCGAGCUUGGCCGUGACAUUCCGACAUGGACAUUUUGGCUCAUCAAGCUGCUCUUGGCUCGGUCGACCGAGGCUGGCAGUAGGACCUUGGUGCACGCCGCCUCACAAGGGGUGGAGUCCCAUGGCCAGUACAUGACGGACUGCGGAACGGGCGCCCCGUCCGCCUUUGUGACCAGUGCGGAAGGGCAGAAGGCACAAGAGAGAGUGUGGGACGAGCUGUGCAAGAAGCUUGAGCUUAUCCACCCGGAGUGGAUGAGUAACUUUUAAUUUGCAUGUGGCCUCUAAGAUGGCGAGCUAUAUGACAACCUUUAAUAUAUAUGACGGAUUCUCUCUGCGC